AUGGUGGAUGAAGUAAUUAUAGAGAUUCAAAAUGAACUUACAAAACAACACAAUGAAAAAAUCACAAAGAUUGUGUGUUCUCCAAAAUUAGAUUAUGUUGCAACUUGGAACGAUAAAGACAAGUCAGCUUGUAUAUAUUCUAUUAAAGAUCGAAUGAAUCCGAUAUUUGAAGGUUACUAUCCACUAAUAAAACAGGUCGAACAUUAUCUUUCCAAUGAUGAUCAUUUAGGAGAGAUCAGAUCUUAUUUUUUAGAAGCUACAGAAUAUGAACUAAACCUAUUAGAUCCAAAACAUAUUGCGUUGAUGCCUUAUAAUCCCUAUAAUCUUGAUGAUAAAGAUCUCAGACAUGCAG